AUGAUGUCGGCGCUGGAAGGAGAAUGUGGGUUUUUGGCUGCUAACUUGUAUGCAAAGAGUGUGUUUGGAGAGGAUGCUUUGGUGAAUGUGAGUAUUGAGAAACAAACUGAUGGUAAGCUCAGUGGAUAUAUUAGGAUCAGGAGCAAGACCCAGGGGAUUGCUCUUAGCUUGGGGGACAAGAUCACCCUCAAGCAGAAGGGAGGCAGCUGAUCUGGUCAUUUUUAUCACCUCAACAUCAAUUCUUUUACGAUACGGAUCAUCCAUCAUCUACCUAUAUACAAUGGGUGCCCAUUCAUUUCUUGGUAGGUGAUCCACCAAGAAGAAAAAUGAAAAAUGUAUUGGAGGAAUCUUCUGUUUUCUUUUACUUUUUCUGUUUCCCCAGUUCUUUUUUACAUUCCUUACAACUCUGAAUUUACAGGUUCCUGUGUUUGAAUUGAAGGAUUAUAGUCAGGUUCUGUCAACUGUUCCCUUUGCAUCUCGGAAGGAUGUUGUGGC